CUCUCUCUCUCUCACACACACACACACACACACACACACACACCCCCACCCCCACACACACACCCACACAUUAAUUCUAUCAUAGUCUAGAGAGAAGAGAGAUUCUUGAGACUCAAGCAGAAGGGGAAAAAAGGCUGAAAUGGGUAGAGCUCCUUGUUGUGACAAAGCUAAUGUGAAGAAAGGGCCAUGGUCGCCUGAAGAAGAUGUCAAGCUCAAGUCAUAUAUCGAGAAACAUGGCACAGGGGGUAACUGGAUUGCUUUGCCCCAAAAAAUUGGUCUAAAGAGAUGCGGAAAAAGCUGUCGGCUUCGAUGGCUAAAUUAUCUUCGUCCAAACAUUAAACAUGGAGGGUUUUCUGAAGAAGAAGAUAACAUAAUUUGCAGCCUCUAUAUAAGUAUUGGAAGCAGGUGGUCUAUUAUUGCAGCACAACUGCCUGGAAGAACUGAUAAUGAUAUAAAGAAUUACUGGAAUACAAGGCUGAAAAGGAAACUACUGGGGAAGCAGCGCAAAGAAAAACUGGCUCGUAGAGGGAACUUGCAAGCGCGAGAAACAGUUAAAGGAAAGGAAAUCUCGACCAUUUCAGACACAAUAGAUAACCAGAAUCCUUACUGGCCAGAGUUACCUUUGCUGCCACCUAUACCCCAGUCAAAGGAUGAGUCAAGCUUUAGCGAUCACACGUCUAUCAGAAAGCUGUUGAUAAAGCUCGGAGGGAGAUUUUCUAGUGAUGAUCAGAUUGGUAGAGAAAUGAAAUAUCAGUACCCUAACAGCAAUUCACUGGUGCAAACAGUACACCUACAAUCUGUUGAUGAUUUGGCACCUGUUAAUUCAAUGGAAGUAAUUAAGACAAGUCCUUCUCGAGCACUGGCAGAAGCUCAAUACACUAUUAACGAGGUGAAUAUGUCUAUAUUUCCAGGACAAAGCAAUUUGCUUAGUGAACUUGAUCGUGUUAUAUAUAACAAUCCAGAAAACUUACAAGGGCUCGAGUUCUUAUAUGCUGAUAUGAUGGAUAAUAAGAGAAGUGGGACUAGUACUGGCGCUGGAAGCACGGAUUCGGAUGAGAUGAAUUCUCUGAUUUUUCCAGCUGGUGCUUCCAAUUAUGAAGGUAUUUUGCAAGGAUUAGUGCUAGAGAAGUUCGUGAUUGAUGAUCAGAUGGGGUAUCCCGGGGCACGAUGAUCUCAUUGACAUUUGAAGAUGUAUAUUUGUAGCAUUGGAGAGUGUUGGAUUCUCGUUACUAAAACCCCUAAUAAGCAUAUUGUGCAUGAUGUUCGUUUCACCUGCUGUUUGAUCAAUAUUGAGUGCGAUAAAUAUGUUUUCUGUUGUAAGCCACUAUAUCAUUCCAAUGUAUGACAAUAUGUUAAUCUAUCUAUGAUAGAAUGAGUUUAAGUUUUUGUUGA